ACGUAAGGUACAGAUAAGGUAGCUCAUCGGCACCAAGAUAUGAUUGGAAGCAGCCUGGCCGGUAUGGGGAGGGGGGCGGGCGCACGUCUUUGGGGCUCUUCCUGAAUGACUUAAUCUUGAAGGUCAGACUAUUCCGAAAACGGUCGCCUUAGCGAGAUUGUUGGAUUCUGUUCUUGGCACGGGCGCACACAAUAACGAUCCCAGGCAAUUCAAGUAUACCAGCCUCGCGUCGAGUUCGAUCUGUUCCCAUUCAAUCAGCUUGAAAAAGACAUUUCACAAUGGCCGCCGAAAGAACAAACGUUUCCAGCGACCUUGUCUGGCAGAUCACUCGCAGCCAGAAUGCUUUUCUGGUCAAGCGGAGGACCGGUGGUGGCUCCCAGUUCUCCCGCGAUCCCCUGAACCUGCAAAACAAGCAGUCUUUCAAGUAUGCUGGCUAUGCCAACACCAAGGCGGUCGGUGUGCAGGCUACUGAGAACGGCGGUGUUGUUGUCAUCACCAAGAAGCCUGGCAACCCUCAGCAGCCCGCGAAGAACCUGGUCAGCGUCAGCUGGGGCCCUAACGCUGCCACCCGCAAGAUCUACAAGGCUGUAGCAAGCAAGACUGCCAAGAACGGCUACCGCGCCGACCUCCGUGAAGAUGCCGUUGCUCGUGUGAGCGCCAUCCGUCGCUCCCAGAAGCCCAAGAAGGACGCUGCCCCCAAGAAGCUCAGAGGCGCUCAGGCCAGAAAGGCUGCGGAGCAGAAGACGGAGUAAAUACAAAUCUCAGCAACAAAAACGCCGAAGACAAGAGGUCAAGGAACGGGCGCGUCGACUGAAAUAGAGCCGUGCUGGUCAAGGGCGAAAGCGUCCCUGUAAUUUAGCAAUAUCGUUAUUGGGUAUUGUCCUUCCGAGGCCAUCAGCAAUCUCAGCACCAUAAAAAAGAAAGCGAGAAUCAAAUGCCGUGCAGAAUGGUUGAGUCCAGAUUACGUUUGCCGGGCCAUAGGACAAAAACUCCGUAAUUUAGAUCGCGUAGUUCUCUACUGAUAGAUGUCCUACGGCAUGGUCAUUACUUGCAGUUGGCACAUGUUCCGGAUUUUCAACGAUUGCAGCCGCUUGUCGGGCCGAAACAUAUUCUAGAACCUGUUGG